AUGGGAUUGUCUAACUCAAAGACAGUUGGAGCUCCUAUUGAGCUGAAUCAGAAGCUCACAACUACAGAGUUUAACUUACAUUUUCCUACUGGUAAUGGAGAUGAUAGGGUGCUGGAUGAUCCUAGUGUGUAUCAGAAGUUGGUAGGAAGGUUGCUUUACCUAACAAUAACAAGACCAGACAUAGCCUUUGCAGUACAGCUCCUAAGCCAAUUCAUGCAUAGCCCUAAAACAUCUCAUAUGAAAGUAGCAAUGAGGGUAGUAAGAUAUGUCAAACAAGCACCAGGGAUGGGAAUACUUAUGACAGUCAAUACAACUAACCAGUUAAUUGCAUACUGUGAUGCAGAUUGGGCUGCAUGUCCAAACAACAGGAAAUCAAUCACUGGUUACAUGGUUACAUAUGGAGGUUCCUUGAUCUCAUGGAAGUCAAAAAAGCAGGAUACAAUUUCAAGAAGCUCAGCUGAAUCUGAGUAUAGGAGUUUGGCUUCAACAGUUGCAGAAAUUAUAUGGCUGGUUGGUCUCUUUAAGGAGUUAGGGGUGGAACUAAAGUCGCUAGUGCCUAUAUAUAGUGACAGCAAAUCUGCCAUACAAAUUGCAGCCAAUCUAGUUUUCCAUGAACGAACCAAACACAUAGACAUCGACAGUCAUUUCAUAAGGGAAAAGGUACAACAGGGAAUGGUUCAGCCUAUGUAUCUGAAGACAACAUAA